AUGUGUAUCGCACUGGUAUCAACUGCCCACCCGUCCUACUCAUUAAUCUUAGUUGACAAUAGAGAUGAAUACCUUCGGCGGCCGACAUCCCCAGCCGACUGGUGGCCAGAGCCAACACCCAAUAUCCUAGGUGGUCGAGAUCUAGCCCGAGCAGCACAUGGGACAUGGAUGGGAAUUACCAAAGACGGGAAAAUAGCGGUGUUGACUAACUACCGCGAGGACACUUCUGAGCAGGCCACAGGAGCACGAAGUCGCGGUGUUAUCGUCAACAGUUGGCUGACGUCCGCCCCGGACCGGCGACAACCGACCGAGGAGUUUGUACAGGGAAUGGUUGCAAGCCCGUCUGCCAGGAAUGUUGGUGGAUUCAGUCUUCUGUGCGGAUACGUCAAUGAACCUCUGGCCAUCGUUUCCAAUCGUUCAUCUACCAUGGAUCAUAUUGCCUGGGUUGCCACGGAGAAAGGUCAGACCCUUGGCCUUAGCAACACGAUUUUUGACGAUCGAUCCUGGCCCAAAAUUCUUGAGGGCGAAAGGUUGAUGAAGGAGGCCAUUGCUGAGCAUGCGCAGAAGGGGGAAGACGAAGAUGCUCUCAUCAAAAGAUUGCUCGAUAUGCUGAGUACGAACACGCUACCAAAGCUCACGGAGGAUGCCACCGCGGAAGACUACCUGCCGUACUUCAGACAGAGCAUAUUCAUCCCUGUACUAGGGGCUCGCGAGAAGCCUGUCAAACCCACAGAGAAGGUGCCUGCGGUCUGCAGUGACAGCAAGGUGGCAGAGGAUGCUUCUUCCGAGCAGCACGAUGCUCUGGACCACUCCUUCCUUCAGGGGGCAUAUGGGACGCAACAACAGACAGUAAUCCUUGUGAGUACACAAGGACGAGUGCGCUAUUUUGAGCGUACACUCUAUGACAAUGAUGCCACUGCCAUCCCGAUCGGGGAAGGUGAUCGAUCGUUCGAAUUUCAUGUCGGCCAAUGCUGA